ACCAAAUAUAGAGACGAGGACCAUACUCCGAGUGAUUGUUAAUGAAAAUGAUAUCAGAAAAGUCACACUUCCUGAGAAACCACAGACCGUUGAGUCACUGUUGGAGCAACUUGAAGAGAAGCUGGGACUUACAUACAAGUUCUCCAUACAAUUUGAGGAUCCUGACUUUAACAAUUCUCUAGUGAAUCUUACUGACAUUGCUGACCUGCCAGAUAAGCCCACACUGAAGAUUGUCUCUGUGACGACACCAACACCUAGUACAGCAGAGACCGAAAUCCUUUCUGUGGCAUCUGAUGACCCUUCAAGUCAGAGUAAGCGAACCACAUGGCCAGAACCAUUUGAAAUCCCAACAUUUCCUGUUGACGUUGAAUAUAGGUUACGUCAGGGAAACCUACAUUACAUGCAAGAUCAGACUUAUCUACAAGUGUCUGGAGUGCUGAAGCACGAGAUCCUACACAAACUCUCAGAGACAAUAUAUGGUUUCAAAGCCUACCCAGACAAAGAAAAUUUUGAGGAGGUUGCUGCUGCACUAAUUAAAAACAUCCCUGCCUUACCCAGCCUGGCUCCUCUAAGGGGUGGAACGGGUGGUAUGAUAGCCUCAGGUGGAAAAUGGGUAAUUACCGUUCAAAACUGCGACAUGCUGGGUGUUUAGAGGUAUCCGUAAAUGGUGGAAAAAGAAGAGGACAACAGCUUCAGAAAAACAUCAAAAGACCGAAGAGGUAUGAAGUCAAUUUUCUACCUGAUUACCCUGAUGGUGAAGAUGAGUCCAGCUUGGAAACCAAAAGGAAAGAGAUGGCAGGGGAAAUAAAAAAACGUUGACCUAAUGCUGCACUGAUAGCCCAGAAUAUGAAUUUUACGUUUGCAUUACGUAGAAAAGAACUGAUAGAGAACGAACCUGCUGUGAAGGAUACCUUGGACAGGUGGCCAGCACUCUUCAUGGAGAGUCAGAUUGUGGGGGAGUUUAGUCGCAUAUCUGGCAAAAACCUACAAAACGAAUUCUUCCAAAAACUGGACGGUUUUAUUCCACGCUUCAUUGAUAUCUUCAGGACCAAAGGGGGAGAUAUUGGGUGUAAACUUAAGAAGAUCCUGUGCCAGAUUGAUGAUAAAUCUGACAUCAGUGGCAGAAGAACAGCAGUUCUUCAUGGCCUUCCACUGCUCCUUGGAGAGGACCCCACUGAUUUCUACAAGACAUGUUUUGACUGUGGUGAUGAGGAACACCAGGCCAGCACUUCAGUUUGCAUACUGACUGUGAUUCCUGAGGACUCUAAAACUGUACCUUAUUCACUGCACCUUGAUGCCACAUCCACAGCCAUAGUUUUGGAAGGCACAGUUGUACUGGAUGACAUAGGAAAUCUUCCCCAAGCCAUGUGCCUGCUUUUUGGGCUCAUUUAUGCUCUAAAUUUAAAGUAUCCUCUGCUGCUGAAGAACACAUUUGAUUUCAUUCAAAGGGUGAUUAUGUCACUCGGCCACAAGUCUCUCAAACCGAAAAUACAAUCCCUGAAAAAUCGCCUAAUGCAGUAAAAUUUUUGAGUUUAAUUUCUUUAAUAAGACCUACAAAAUUACUGAAAUCCAGUACUGAUUUUUUUUUACGGAGUCUUCAGUGUGAAUUGUGAAAAAAAAUAUUUCCAGAGUGCAGAAUGUGCAUUUAUGCUUUGAAUAUGCAGUUGUUGAUUUCAUGCCUUAAAGGGGACAUUCCAUGAAAAUCAGACUUUUUCCAUGUUUUAGUGCUAUAAUCGGGUCCCCAGUGCUUCUACCAACCCAGAAAACAUGAAAAAUAGCAACCCUGUAACUUAAGGCUCUCUCUGCAAGCAUGUGAAUAAAUAGGUCAUGCGGAUUUCGCUCCCCCCAUGACGUAGGUAAGGGCUCCUAAUAAAAUGAUACCGCCCCUUCAAGUGCGCUAUCCAACCAUGAAGCUACCUCGAGUGAGAGUGACCGAGAGAAAGUAUGACUGACAGCAUGAGGCGUUUGUAUUCCCUCAAACACAAACAGGAGCCUACAAUCUUAUAACUUGUAGUUUUAAUAUUUCUAAAGAUUGAAUUAACGUUCUAAAGGAUUAACCUGCAAGAGAGAGAGCGAGUGAGUGAGAGAGAGCGAGUAAACGAACGAGAGAGAGAGAGAGAGAGAGAGAGAGAGAGAGAGAGCAACGCGACGGUUCGCUUUCAAGUAAGUUAUGUUUAAUGUGUUUCUCUGAAGUUUAUAUGAAUGAACACGAGGAUUAAUGCACUGCACGAGACAGAGUAAGAGAACAGCGCGUAUUCACUAUCAUACACAAUAAGUAAAUAUGUUGUUUAAUGUUUCUCUGAAGUUUCAAGUGAAUACGAGGAGUAACAAGAUAGACGAGAGACUGACAGAAACGCGAAUGUGUUCAAUCACAAUAAACUUAAACAUGUCAUGUGAUCUGUUUCUCUAAAGUUUAAGCAUUAAACGUGUUGUUUUAUUACAAAUCAUUUAAAUGUGCUCGUGUGGUUUGGUCAAAAAGUUUACUUCUGAGUGUUUGUGGAAGUGUAAUUUAUUGUAACAUGCUGAAAAUCAUUGUGCCUGUUUAAAACACUGGCAGCAUAUGAGACCUAAAAGUCUUUAUUUUUAUUCCACAAUGUUCCCCAUCUACUGAUAAACAUGUAUUUAGUAUGCAUAAAACAGAUGAUUGACUUUUUAAACUUGUUCAAAUAUAUAAUGCUUAACAUCGCUCACUAACUUCUUUCGUGAGAGAAUCUUCCUCGAUGCUUUGUCAUGUCUACAGGGUGAGCGCUUGAGACUCCGCCCACCUGAGCAGCUCGUUUGGAUUUAAAGGGAUACACACAAAAACGGUGCAUUUCUGCUCAGACCCAUAAAGUGCCUUUUUUAACAUGCCACAAUAAAUUACCUAUAUGGUAUUUUGAGCUAAAACUUCACAUAAUAUACUCUGGGGACAUCAAAGAUUUAUUUAAUAUCUUAAAAACGUCUUGUGGAAUGUCCCCUUUAAGUAGGUCUUGAAUUAACAUUUUAUGUUCAUUCAAAAAUAAAAGAACUACUUGUGCCAACAGUCUGUGGCGUGUCUUUGUAUUAACAACUUAUAGGUUUGAAUUGAACCUGCUUAAGAAAUUUAAGGUAAUCAGUUUUCAUAUAAUCUCCACACAUUUUUCUAGUAAUUUGAACUAGCAGACAUGUUAUAGUAACUGUUUAAUUUGAGUUUUCUGUACUAAGCUGAAAUGAAACUGUAAAUUAGCUGAACUUAUCAUACUGAGUUAACUUUACUGAAGUUUUCAUAUAAUCUCCACACAUUUUUCUAGUAAUUUGAACAAGCAGACAUGUUGUAGUAACCGCUUAGUUUGAGUUAUCUGUACUAAGCUGAAAUGAAACCUGUAAGUUAGCUGAACUUAUCAUACUGAGUUAACUUUACUCAAGUUUUCAUAUAAUCUCCACACAUUUUUCUAGUAAUUUGAACUAGCAGACAUGUUGUAGUAGCUGUUUAGUUUGAGUUAUCUGUACUAAGCUGAAAUGAAAUCUGUAAGUUAGCUGAACUUAUCAUACUGAGUUAACUUUACUCAGGUUUUCAUGUAAUUUUUGUGUAUACAGAUGUUAACUGUACAAAGCUGUUUUUUGUUUUAUUAACU